AUGGCUGGCAGUGGAAAGUUGGAGGAAUCCCGGCCUCAAAAGGCUGUGGUACAAAAAGUGCAUUAUCCUUUUUGGUUUGGUGGUUCGGCAUCAUGUUUUGCUGCAAUGGUGACCCAUCCAUUGGAUCUUGGAGCACCCACCUCUAUGGUUGGAACUUUUGGUCACAUUCUCAAGAACAAUGGAGUCCUGGGGUUAUAUAGUGGGCUCUCUGCCGCCAUGCUGCGCCAAAUAACCUAUUCUACCACCCGUUUCGGAAUCUACGAAGAGCUCAAAAACCGUUUCACCUCGUCCUCGUCACCCCCCGGCCUGCCCACCCUGCUCGGCAUCGCAUGCGCAUCGGGCUUCAUUGGUGGAUUUGCCGGGAACCCGGCUGAUGUGUUGAACGUGCGCAUGCAACACGACGCGUCGCUACCCCCUGCACAGCGGCGCAACUAUCGACAUGCGCUGCACGGUCUGGUGCAGAUGACCCGUACUGAGGGCGCCGCGAGCUUGUUCCGUGGCGUAUGGCCUAAUUCGACCCGUGCCGUGCUGAUGACGGCCUCGCAGCUCGCGUCCUACGAUUCCUUCAAGCGCAUCUGCCUCGAGAACUUCGGCAUGUCGGAUAACCUGAUGACACACUUCACGGCGUCUCUGAUGGCUGGAUUCGUGGCGACCACCGUCUGCAGCCCCGUCGACGUGAUCAAGACCCGCGUGAUGACUGCCUCGCCGGCAGAGACCCAGGGCCACAACCUCCUGGGCUUAUUACGAGACAUCUACCGCAAGGAAGGCUUCAAAUGGGUCUUCCGCGGCUGGGUGCCCAGCUUUAUUCGUCUGGGCCCUCAUACCAUCGCCACAUUCAUCUUCUUGGAAGAACACAAGAAGCUCUACCGGAUGCUGAAGGGCACCUCCGGAGACAACACGAUCAAAGCAUAG